AUGGUUACAAUUUCUAAUGCCCACACGGAGCUGAUUCACGAUGCAGUCCUAGAUUACUACGGGAAACGUCUUGCGACGUGUUCUUCAGACAAAACAAUCAAAAUCUUUGAAGUUGAGGGCGAAACUCACAAACUAAUUGAGACAUUGCAUGGCCAUGAGGGUCCUGUCUGGCAAGUUGAUUGGGCUCACCCUAAAUUUGGUGUCAUUCUAGCAUCCUGCUCUUACGAUGGUAAGGCCUUGAUCUGGAAAGAAGAAAAUGGUAGAUGGUCUCAGAUUGCCGUUCAUGCGGUGCAUUCGGCAUCCGUGAACUCUGUACAAUGGGCUCCUCAUGAAUAUGGUCCUUUGCUAUUGGCUGCUUCAUCUGAUGGUAAGGUGUCAGUAGUAGAGUUCAAGGAAAAUGGCACGACCUCUCCAAUAAUUUUGGAUGCACAUGCAAUUGGAGUCAACACAGCUUCAUGGGCACCUGCAACCAUACAAGAUGGUCCAAAUCCACAACAACUACGCAGAUUUGUCACCGGUGGCGCUGAUAAUUUAGUGAAAAUUUGGAAAUAUAACGCUGAUGCAAACACUUAUCUACUAGAAGAUACUCUCGAAGGUCAUACAGACUGGGUUAGAGAUGUAACCUGGUCUCCAUCUGUUUUGCUACGCUCUUAUCUUGCCAGUGUGUCGCAAGAUCGUACAUGUAUCAUCUGGACUCAAGAAAAUAACCAAGGUCCUUGGAAGAAGACCCUAUUAAAGGAAGAUAAAUUCCCUGAUGUGUUGUGGAGAGCCAGUUGGUCACUCUCAGGUAACAUUCUUGCUAUAUCUGGAGGCGAUAACAAGGUAACUUUGUGGAAGGAAAAUUUAGAGGGAAACUGGGAGUCUGCAGGUGUUGUUGACCAAUAA